UUUGUUCGCCACCUGUCCCGCUGCUCCUUCCUCUUUCAUUCUUCGCCACGUUAAUCUCUCCUUCUUUCCCGAAAUACCCUUCAUUCGAGGGUCCGUUCUGUAAAAUCAUUCGGCAAACAAUUAAAUAAAACCAAACCGUGAGCUGUCAUGUUCCAUUGUGAUUACUACAAGACAAAUCUGACGUGGACUCAAAGAUUCUCGAGGCUAGUUGUCUUCUUCUUCUUCGCUAUUCAUAUAUAAAAACUCGUCCCAAGGUCGUCCCUUUCACAGUACAACAUCAAACAAUCCUAUCUUCUCUUACAAAACCUCAAACUCACGAGUCAACUCAUAGAGUUCAUUAUUUUUUUUUCCAAAGACGUAAACAAAAAAUGGGAGCGUGCGUUUCACGUGAAUGUAUGAGGGGAGAUUCGGCGAAGCUAAUACUGUUCGACGGGACUUUACAAGAGUUCUCAACUCCGGUCAAAGUUUGGCAGAUCUUGCAGAACUACCCGUCGAGUUUUGUCUGCAACUCAGACGAAAUGGACUUCGACGACGCCGUUUCAGCUGUCUCCGGCAACGAGGAGCUCCGAUCGGGACAGCUUUACUUCGUUUUACCGCUGACGUGGCUCAAUCAUCCGCUAAGGGCGGAGGAAAUGGCAGCGUUGGCUGUUAAAGCGAGCUCGGCGCUGACCAAGAGCGGCGGAGUCCGUUGGGUUGCCGGCGACGGCGGUAACUCGAAAAACAUCGUCGUCGGAGUGAAGACAAACGUCCGUGGCGGAAGAUUUACGCGGAACUUAAGCACGAUCGUCGAGUAGGGUCAAUAUUAGUCUUUUAAAAGACGUAUAAAUUGUAAUUAGGGACGUUUGACUUUUUCUUUUUAUGGAGAAAAAAAAACAAAGUAGCCAUUAGAUUUUGAGAAAUGGGAACGAGGAUGAAUGAUA